AGGGGGCCCCGGACGCCGAGCAUCUAUGUCCACGGCCCUGUUCAUGGACGGCGCGGCCUGGGACUUCGAUGAGAUGGUCAUGGCCGACCAGGAGUUCGGCGUCAUGUAUGUCCGCGCCCCGGUGAUCAACUUCAUCCCCUAUCAGGACAAGCAGCGGAACGACGAGAAGUUCCUGAUGCCGAUCUACAAGACGUCGGUCCGCGCGGGGACGCUGUCCACCACGGGCCACUCGACCAACUUCGUGCUGUCGAUCGAGGUGGACACGAACGAGGCCCCUUCGUACUGGAUUCUCAAGGGGGCCGCCCUCCUGACGAUGCUCAACGACUGAGCGGCGGGCCUCCCCUCCGCGGGCCGCCCCCGGAGACCGGGGCUCGGCCGCCGAGGGGGGAAUCUCCUGCGUCGGGGGCAGCGAGAGGGUUCGAGGUCGGGCCUGUCCCUCCAGUGGGUUGGGAUUGCCAGGUGCACAGUAGACUGAGGCUGUUUGGGCUUGAACUGGCGCCCGAGUGUCACCCCGCGCCUGGAAAAAGGUGUUCACCCGGCAUCGCGUGCGCGGUGGAUUCGAUGUCGCGCGAGGACGCGCGGGCGCUGCCCGCUCGGCCGCGUGGCCGCCCGCCAGGCGGCGGGAGCCAGCGUCUGAG